AUGGCCGACACCAACGCGUUGCUUCACCCGAUCAAUGGCCACCGAAACAAUUCCAGUGCCGGACGAAGCAGCUCCUCCUCCUCCUCCUACACCAGCAUCCUCCCACGCACAGCUCGACGCCACGCCCACACAGCCCUUGGUGCAAGACUUUACCGCAUCCAACCUUUCCAGCCAGCGCCGAACCCUUUCCGCCAAACCGCGCAAAUAAGCUUGCACAGCUUCCCUCAAUUUGAACCCACAUCCCUCAUUACCUACCCUUCCACCCACCUUCUCCUUCCCAUCCGCAAAGACCUCCUUCAUCGCGCUGUAAUCUUCGAGGCCGACGCAUCACGCCGAGGCACAGCAUCCACAAAAUGGCGGUCAGAAGUACACGGCUCGAAUCGAAAAGUCCGACCCCAAAAGGGCACUGGUUCAGCCAGAUUAGGAGAUAGGAAAAGUCCCAUGCUCAGAGGAGGUGGUGUGGCUUUUGGUCCCAAACCGAGAGAUUUUUCGACCGAAUUGAAUCGGAAAAUCUACGAUCGCGCGUGGAGGACUGCCUUGAGUUGGAGGUACAAAAAGGGAGAGCUCCUCGUCGUGGAAGACCAGAUUGAGCUGGACGAAGGUGAGGUGCACGAGAAUAGCUUGGAGAGAUAUAUGGAAGAUCUGCUGAGGUGGAAUCACAUUGGAAAUUUCGGGGAGAAGAAGCAUGGUAAAUCGUUGUUCUUAACUCUCGAAAAGAGGGAUGUGCUGUGGAAGGCGCUGGAUAAGGGCCAUUUACAUCGACAUGCUCGGGCUGUGGAGGCAGAAUGGGUGGAUGUGAAGGAUUUGUUGGAGGGAGGACGUGUGAUUGUUGAAAAGGCUGCAUUAGAGCAUAUUUUCGAAGAACACGAGAGUGAUCUGAAACAAGGUGAUAAGUUGGCUGCUCAGAUGCCAGAGUUGUAUGAGGAGGUGGAGCUUGCAUAAGAUAGCUUGGUGAUACCAUAAAAGGGAAACAAUUG